CAAAAUCUCCUUCUUCAGCGUCCCGAUUCUCGAGCUCCAUCACAGUUUCCUUUAUAAUACACUCAAGAGCUCAGUGACGAUGGCCGUAACCUUCUCAGAUCUCCACACAGAAGCCGGCAUCAAGUCGCUCGAUGAGUUUCUCUCCGGAAAAUCCUAUAUUUCUGGAGAUCGGAUCACCAAGGACGAUGCCAAGGUGUAUGCUGCUCUUCCGGAGGAGCCGAGCGCAGAUCUGUACCCGAAUGCUAACAAGUGGUACCAAACCGUUUCUUCCAAACUCGCCCCAAGAUUCCCCGGAAAAGCUGCCGGAGUAGGAUUUGGGAGUCAAAAUGCUCCAGCUGAAGCUGCUCCAGCUAAGGAAGACAAGGUUGCAGGAGAUGAUGAUGAUGACAUUGAUCUUUUUGGUGAGGAGACCGAGGAAGAGAAGAAAGCAGCGGAAGAGAGGGCAGCUGCAACCAAGGCAUCGUCCAAGAAGAAAGAGAGCGGAAAGUCUUCUGUUCUUUUGGAUGUUAAGCCUUGGGAUGAUGAGACAGAUAUGAAAAAGCUAGAAGAGGCAGUUAGGAGCAUUGAGAUGGAAGGACUUCUAUGGGGAGCAUCAAAACUGGUCGCCGUUGGAUAUGGAAUCAAGAAGUUGCAGAUCAUGAUGACCAUUGUCGAUGACCUCGUCUCUGUCGAUACGCUCAUUGAGGAGCGCCUCACAGUUGAGCCGAUCAACGAAUAUGUGCAGAGCUGUGACAUUGUCGCCUUCAACAAAAUCUGAGCUGUAUGAUAUCUUUUUGUCCCGUGUUAUUUUCGGUCUGUCCUCUCAAUUUUAAUACGAUUUUUGAAGGAAUCGCACCGCAGUUUGUUACUUUUGGAUCCAACUUCCCAAAGUUAAAUGAGUGAAACUGUUGCUAUAAUUUUGGUGUUUCUAUCCAACUUCCCAAAGUUCUCUUCUAUUGAAAUUUAUUUUUACUACACUUGUUUCAGAAGUGCCAGUUCCAGACUCUAUUGGAAGUGGCAACAUUUUGGUUCUCUCAUAAAUAAAUGGUCUAUCU